AUGUUCAGAGCAAUUGUAUCAGCAGCACGUCCGUGUGCGUCCGUGCUUGCACAACGCACACUAACUCGCACAAUGAAGACAUCGACCGCAUUGCGAUCAGAUAAGCUUUUUGUGCACAGAGAUAGUGAGCAAAAUAACAAGGACACGCCAUUUGAAUUCACUGAUGAAAACUUGGCGCGAUGCAAGAGCAUUAUGCAGAACUAUCCCAGGGGCCAUCAGUCGGCAGCGAUGAUUCCGCUGCUGGAUCUGGCUCAGAGACAGCACGGGUGGUUACCACUCAAUGCUAUGAAGGCUGUUGCUAAGCUAUUGAACGUCGGAGAUAUGCGUGUGUUUGAAGUGGCCACAUUCUAUACAAUGUUCAACCGUGACCCCAUCGGCAAGAAGUUUGUGCAGGUCUGCACCACCAGUCCCUGCCAGCUCAGGGGCUGCAACGACAUCCUGAAGACGUGCGAGGAUACGCUGGGCAUCAAAGUGGGUGAGACCUCCAAGGACGGCGAGUUCACACUGGUUGAGGUGGAGUGUGCUGGUGCAUGUGUCAACGCACCAUUGUUUGCUGUCAAUGACACGUACUAUGAGGACCUAACCCCAGAGACAGCCGAGAAGGUGCUGAAGGCUUUCCAGAAGGGCGAGACGCCCAAAGCCGGGCCUCAGAACGGCCGAAAGGGCUGCGAAAACUCAGCCGGACUCACUGCGCUCACAACCCCACCCCCAGGCCCUGGGUUCAUGGUACGCGAGGACUUGUAA